AUGCGCCUGCUAGUACUUCUCUGCAUCCUCCUCGUUGGAAUGACCCAAGCCGCACCUACAACAGAUACAACAAAUGCUACUACUAGCGACAAUUUUAAAGCACCGUCAUUCACGACAAGAACUCUAUGGAGCAUCAUUUCUAGCUCCGUUCUCACUCUUUUUGCAUGCGUCUACACUGCCAUCCACCCCAAUAUUCCGAGUCCUAAGCACAGCGCCCACCUUCAUGACAUAUGGCGACAACUUCGCAUGGUGAUAAUGGCAUUAAUAGCUCCUGAAUUGAUCGUCGCCUGGGCUAUGCGACAGUGGUUCAGCGCUGAUAAAACGCACAGCUUCUUUGUGUUGAUGGGUGGUUUCAUGCUUUAUGUGAAUGGGAAACCCCACCGUACAGCAAGCCGUACACUACAACCUGAUCACAUUCUCACACUAAUACGUCAGAGGUGUAUCGACGUCCCUAUCCUAACGGCAGACCAGAUCCACGAUAGGAGCAAAGGCAAUGCGAUAUCAAAAGGAUUGGUCAUCCUUCAAGUAGCCUGGUUUGUUAUGCAGCUCAUAACCCGCGCCAUCUAUCGCCUAGAAACCACCCAGCUCGAAGUGGGCACACUCGCUUUUGCGGUUCUCAAUUUCCUAACUUAUGCUGCGUGGUGGGACAAGCCUCUCAAUGUGCAAUGUCCACAUCCAGUGUACUGGAAGUCAACCAAGUCGAAGCCAAUCAUGACGCCAGAGUAUCACAUUGGGUAUGUAUGCGCUUCAACAAAUGAUAUCGCUCAGUUUGGGAUCUUGGCUCCAGUCUUGCGCCCAAUUCUAGAACUGAUAGGCUUUCCCGGUAUUCCCACAUCUCGAAAGCUCCAAGUUCCAACGUUUGAUGGUAGCAUCGAACUCGAACAACUGCACAAACAUGUUCUUUUGCUCGCUGGAGUGCUUAUGGCGACUAUUUUUGGCGGCAUCCAUUGUAUGGCUUGGUUUUUUGCUUUCCCAACAUACCAGGAACGGGUGCUAUGGCGCAUGAGUGCCGUCGCUAUAACUUGCACGCCCUGGCUUGGUUUACUCACGGCACCGCUCCUUGCAGCUCUGGAUGCGUCACUUACAUGGUUUAUCCUGCUCUAUGUACCAUAUAUCAUGUUGUACAUCACAGCUCGUGGUGUCCUCUUGGUACUGAUGUUCACCACUUUACGCGAUCUUCCUCAUGACGCAUACCAAACGGUGUUGUGGACUAGUUUGGUGCCGCAUUUAUAG